GUAAAUAGAUAUCUUCAAUGAUCAAGGCUAUCAACCGAUACACCUACACACAAAAUUCCAUUAACGGUUCAUAGAUUCGUAACUUCGCAUACCAUUGAGUCAGUUCCAUGAAUAGCUGUUAACGGAUAUUCGUAACAUGAGUUUCGAUUUGUGCAACCGAUAGUCACUCUCACCUUCCAUAUAAAAAAUUUUCGGAAACAGAUAUAUUAUUCAUUUCAUAAAUGGCAACAUAAAAAAUUAUCUUUUACUAUUUAUACAUCGUGUAAAAAUGAAAAGAACGUCAUGAGUAAAUUUUGCAAUCAGACACUUUGCAGACGAUUGCAAUGACUCACUGCAACCUGUCGCAUCAUAUAACACUGGAGACCAGAGAGGGUCGAGAUACUUCAUGCCAUGCCGCUAUAUUAAGCAGUUUCUUUAACUUAAUUAUACAGAUCUGCUGACAUCUAAUCGUUCCUCUGAAUAAAAAUUAAAAAUAUAAAUAUUUAUGUGAAUUAUUACUUCCGUAAUAACGAUUGAAUAUUAGAUUUAAAUUGUCUUUUUUUAAUUUCUUAAAUAGUUCAUAAAUCUUUUAAUAGAGUAAGUCAGUGAAAAUAAAGUCACUGAGACUUCCAUAAGAAUUAUUUGAGAGCAAGAAGGAUCGAACAAAAUGCAUCGAUGCACGAAAAACAGUGCUUGGGAUGCAACCGGUACCUACACGAAGAAGAAAAUCAGAGGGUAGAUGAUAAUUUGACUGAUGACUGGUAGAAAUUUGUCAGAUUCAAAGUAUGGAAAGGAAAGGGAAAUACGAUGAAAGGAGAAAAUGAGAGAAAGAGGAGGCAAUUGAUGAAGAAAGGAUGAUUAGUCACGCGACGUAACAUGGUCCCAGUUCGAACGGGAGGCAGGACCCACUAGUUGUAAUUAUAGUUAUCUUUGCGAUGUUCUCGGAACGCUUUGCUUCAAGUCCUCCUCGAGCUUACCGAGAAAUGAGAGAGAGAGAGAGAGAGAGAGACGGUGCGAAUUGCCGUAGGACGAGACAAAACAAUACGGCCAAAGGUAGAUCAACGAAGAAAGAUGAUGAGAAAUCGGAAAAAGAGGGGAGGCAGAGGGCAUCGGGCCGAGGAUGAAAGUUACAUAUAUAUAUAGCAGGAGAAAGAAUUCAGAUCACAGAAGAGUAGUCGCAGUUCUCGACCCGGACAAUUGCGAGUGAAAUCAAUCAGGACGUGUUGAUUUUCAAUUAAAGUAGAAUUCUUUUUCACCAAAAUCCCAUUUAAUACUAAGAAAGAACUGAAAAUAUGAGAAGCUAUAUUUUACUGUUCAUUUCUAUCCAUCUUGCCUUUGCUACAAUUGGCAGACAUCAUAGAGAUAGCGGAUUUCUGAAUCACGUGCAACUAGUGCAUGAAUUUCGGUGUUCCAUGCCACAACCGAGAGCUAUACCAGUGGCAGAACUUCUAACUGUCGGCCCUAGCCCGGACGAAGUUUUUUAUCCUGCCUCUACCGUUUUGACACGUUGCAAAGGAGCCGGAUGUUGCCCGGAUCCCAAACAGAUUUGUGCACCUAUCGAAACCAGAAACGUGAGUCUUGUUUUCAUGGUGAAACACACGAUUGACCAACAACGUGACAGGCAUCACGAAGUGAUACAUGCUUUGGAACAUACAAAAUGUGGGUGUGUCCAUAAAAGAAUGAUAAAAUUUGAUUGAUUCAUUCUAUU